AUCGGAUUUUAUAUCAAUUUUAUUCUGGUAAUUUAUAUAUGGUAUAAAAUACUGAAAAAGUACUAACUGAUCAGAAAUUACAUGUAUUUACCGGCUUAACACUAAUAAAAUAUUUUCUUAACUGUACGGUUUCCAUUUAACCAUAAAUAAUUAAUUACUUCGGAAAAAUUAUAAAAUGUAAACAUUGCUAGUCUAUAUUUUUCAUCUGUGCUUUGGACUGUGAUUCUUCUCGAUUGUCAUGGUGUACUAAGGGUUGAUUUUGUUUUUGUUAUAUUUUCAAUAUUUUCAGUAGAUAAAGCCCUACGAAUAGCGAACAUUAUGAACAGAUUAAUUAUUAACCAAUGUCGAUGCAUCAAAAAAUCAACACUACUAUGGGAAAACAAGCAGUAUCUAAACUUUCCAUACAUAACACUCUCAAGGUCAUUGUCAUAUUAUACAACUCAGCCUAUUGGACUGCAUCAUGAUAUUACACAGAAACCAUUCAAUACGAGAAUCUUAUACCAUCCUGAAUUCAUCAGGACUUUUACCACAAGUAGAUAUCACUUUGACAAAGAACCAUUAAAGCCUUCAUCAAAGGUUGAAGCCACCGUUGAAACUAUAAAGAAAGGUAUUGAAGAACAAGAAAAGCUUCCAAAAAAAGAGGAACAGAAAAAGAAGAGUUUAAAGGAGCGUAUUAUGAAUGAACUACGACAUUAUUACCAUGGCUUUAGGUUACUCUUUAUAGAAGUAAGGAUCUCAUCGAAACUAUUCUUCAAAAUAUUAAAAGGUGACACAUUGACUCGAAGGGAGCACAGACUUCUUGUUACCACUAUUGGUGAUCUGUUUAGAAUGGUUCCAUUUAUUGUAUUUAUAGUUGUUCCAUUUUUGGAGUUUGCACUGCCUUUUUAUAUAAAACUCUUCCCAAAUGCAUUGCCAUCCACAUUUGAGAGUACUGAUCAGAAAGAAGCCAAGUUAAAAAAACAUUUUAAAGUGAAAUUGGAGAUUGCAAAGUUCUUCCAAGAGACAUUAGAUCAGAUGGCUCCACAGGCUAGUAAUAGACACUCAGAGCUGGCUAGAGAAUUCUCCAGUUUCUUUAGUAGGAUCAGGACAUCAGGAGAUGUUGCCACCAGUGAAGAAAUUAUGAAAUUCUCAAAAUUAUUUGAAGAUGAGAUCACAUUAGAUUCACUACAGAGGCCGCAUUUAGUUGCUUUGUGUAAAGUGUUGAAUGCAUCAACUAUUGGUACCAGUGCCAUGCUACGGUUUAAUCUUAAGAUGAAACUAAGAUCACUGGCUGCAGAUGACAAGGUGAUUGCUAAGGAGGGUGUGGAGAGCUUAAACUUUAGUGAGUUGCAGCAAGCUUGUAGGGCUAGGGGUAUGAGGGCCUAUGGUGUAUCAGAAGAGCGGUUGAGGAAGGAGUUAAGGAAUUGGCUGGACUUGUCAUUAAAUGAGAAGGUGCCACCAUCAUUGCUGUUACUGUCAAGAGCCCUCAUGGUGCCUGAACAUGUACCCACAACAUACAAACUGAAGGCGACAAUAUCUGCUUUACCAGAACAAGUGGCGACUCAGACUAAGGCUGCUAUAGGAGAGAAGGAAGGAAAACUGGACUUCAAGGCUAAAGCGGAAGCUAUCAAACUGGAGGAACAAAAGAUCAAGGAAGAAAUGAAAGAGAUGCAGGAAGCAGAGAGAGAGAAACAAAUCCUUGAGGCUAAAAAGAGGGAGAAAGAAGAACUCAAAGAUAAAGCUCCAGUCAUUGACACUGAAACAUCACCUGCUAUGGAAGACCCAGCACCUGUGAUCAUAGUAGAUACUCCUAAACCAAAGUCUGAGGAAGGACUUUCUGGCAAAGACAUUGAAGUUAUUGAAGACGCUUUAGAGAAAUUAGCUGAACAAAAGAAGUCCUUACUUCUUGAAAAGGAGAGCAUCCAGGAGCUGAAAGCUGAACUACUAGACUACAGUGAGGAUGUGAAGGAGAUGCAUGAAAUUGUGAAGACUAAACAGGCAGAUCUUAAACUUUCGAAGGGUGCUCUCAGAUUAUACAAGGCAGUCAAUAACAUGAUUAGCAAGUUGGAUGCGGCUCUAGCAAUGCUGGAAACGAAGGAAAAGGCUUUGAAAACCACAUUAGAACAAACCAAGGCUGAACCACAGAAAGCGAAGGAACAACUGAUUCAAAUUGAUGAACUGAUGCAUUCCAUAAAGAGCCUACAAAAAGUGCCAGAUGAAGCUAAACUGAAACUCAUUCAGGAUGUGCUAGGAAGGCUGGAUGAUGACUUUGAUGGGCAGUUGAAGAUUGAUGAUGUAUUGAAGAUGCUCGAAAUAAUUGGAAACGAAAACGUAAACCUAUCUGAGAAGCAAAUGGCUGAGCUAAUUGAGCUGCUGGACAAGGAGGAGAUUCUUGAAGUCGAGAGUAAGAUACAGAAGGCGCUCAACAAAGCAGCGUUAGCCGCCAAAGAACAGGACAAACCUAGCGUCUCUGAGGGGAAGAGUUUAUUCGACAUAAUACGAGAAGCUCAAAAGAGGCGAGAAAUGAAAAAAGCCAAGGAACAAGAGGCACUUGCCAAGAGCGAAAGUAUCGUCACCAAACCCGAAGACAGCAGUAAACGGCCCGAGAGCCACUGAGUAACUUAGUUUUACUUAGUCAAGGUGUAAAUAAACUAGUGGAAUGUUCUUACUCAUCUUUAUGCCUUCCUGCUGGUUUAGGUGACGAUAAAUUGGCAAAGAUGGCGUUCGGCGUUUGUAUUUAAAACUAAGAUGCGUUCGGGCAUGUGCAGUACAUGAUAUUAUCACCAAUAACACACAGAUAAAGAUCUAGUGAUUUUCAUACAGUUCAUCCAGUCGCACUGCCUGAAACAUCUUAUAUCCGCAUAUAGCUUAGCUGUUGUACUAGAGUAACGGCAUCAUAACGAUGUAGAAAAAAUAUAUAAUAAUUAAUUACGUUGAUGUAAUGUGUUACCCUAAUGACAAUAAGCAUUUUGUAACAUGUAAUCAAACACACACGAAUAUGUAAAUAACGUAUUACGUAUUUUAUUAUGUUAUGGUAAUAAUCCUAAACUUUCCAGGCCGUACAAAGUUGUUUUUUCGUUUGUUGUAACUUGUAAUGUUUUUAUUUAUUCCUGGUUAUUUUGUUUCAUAUGUAUUGUAUUACGUUGAUGCAUUUCUGUGAUCGCUAUUCAGUUUAAGUUUUAUUUUAGUUUAUUUUAGUGGUUAUAUCAAUAUGUUGCGCACAAAUUGUGGAGCGAUACACCUUUACUUCUUUUCAAUUUUAAAUUGGAAUGAACAGAUACGAUAUUACUAAUACUGGUAAUUUCUUAGAUACCUGAUUAAUAUAUUAUGUUACUUUGGAUGUGUAUAUUAUGUAUAUUAUCUGUAAAUGCAGAGUGCUGUUC